UAAUACGAAACUGAUAACAACCAAUCGCCAGACGUUAAUAACAGUAAUUAUUAAUUAAUAAAUAUUAUUUCCUUGCGAUUGAAAAAUAUUUAAAAAAAAUCAAUCACAUAAAUUUAGACGUUUUUAAUUUGUUUAGUGUUAACAAAUCAACUGAUUUCAUCGAUUCGUUUCACAAUGGACUACGAAAGUGACGAACUGUUGUUCUGCAGAUUUUGUUUGAGACAGUCGCAGUCGUCAUUUCCCAUCUUCAUGGCUUCUGAUCCAGACUUGGCCAAGGACGUGAUGAAUUGUCUUCAAGUCAAGGUACCUACGCUUAAUAUAUUGGUGGAUGCAUAUUUUAUAAAAUUUACGUGUUGUCUUUACAGAUUACCCAAGACUCUGUUGGGCCGAAACACAUAUGUAACGAAUGCUAUGAUCAUGUUCAAGAUUGGGUGACGUUCAAAAGACAAAGCGAAGAGGCUCUCAAGGAAAUUGAAUCCAAUAUGAAUUACACCGAAAAAGAUGUAUAUUUAAUAGUCUAGUUGAUAGACUUUCAUAUGUGUAGUCUUAAUUAAAGGUGAUUUUUUCUAGUCUGUAACUGUAACUCAAAUGGACUUAAUUGAUGAAGUGGACUACCAUUGCUGUAUAUAUUGUGAAAAAAUUUAUCCUAGCGAGUAUGAAUUAUUAAUGCACGUCAAUGAAAUUCAUCCAAAAAGUGUGAAUUAUAAUACUAAUCCCAAGUACAAAGAAAAUAUAAUGGAAUACAUUCAAUCUUCAUUAGUUGAUGGCGAAGAAAAUAUACAAUGUGAUGAGUACAUAGAGUACAAUAGACCUUCAUAUCAAAAAGUAAACUGUGUAUAAAAUAAAAUAAAUGUAUUAGUUAAUGUAUGAAAUUACUUCUGAAGUUUUAGAUUCGUAACGAAGAGAGGAUUUUAUUGGUAUUAAUAUUUUUAUUUUUUUUUUUUUUUGUGUAUUUCAUUAACUUUUCUACCAGAAAUCUGCUCCAAUAAAUAAAUGACAAAACGCUUUUUCGUUGUAUUUUGGAUUUAGUUGGUGCAUUAGGGAGAUUAUAUUUUGAUUUUCUGAAUAGUUUUCCAAAUAAUUGGAAAGAACUAGAAAUAAAAAGUUUUAAAAUUAUUUGAGCUAUCUUGAGAUAUUUAUAGACAUUUUAUUUGGUUGGUAUUCUGUGGACAAAAUUGUUUGACUAAACAAAAAUGCUUGAAAUUGAACAGGUUUAUUAUAAAUUUUACUUAGUGGUAAAAAAAAAUUGAGUGUAAUGUAAUAUUUAUUUUUCAUACAAGUUUUAAUACAAAAUUUUGAUGAAAAUCAUAAAUAUUACAGUCUUUCAAAACAUGUAUGACCAAACUUUGCUCUAAAUCAUUUGUUUAGGAUGGUUUAUUGUUGUUAAUAAAUAUAAAUUAAAUAACUUUUAUGUAUCCUACCUUCCCAACUUCCCAUCUACAACAGUGGAGCACCCAUCAGCAUAUUAGUUUUUUUCUUUUAUAUGAAAUGAUUAAGUAGGUAACAGUUAUAUAUUUUUCUAGAUGAAUUAUGAGCAAUAUAACGAAUUACCCACUUCAGAUGACGGAGAUGAAAAAUUUCAAUGUUACUAUUGCAGUGCUACGUUUGAUGAAUUUGUUCAUUUAAAAGAACAUUCAGUUUCCAGACAUCGCGAUUUAAACAAAAAAACCGAAUGUAACAAAUGCAACAAAAUUUUUCUGACUGUUAAUGAUCUUCAGGAACAUGUUACGUUGACACAUCCAGGUAAAAAAGACACAGCAGAUCACUCAGAGUUAAUAAUGUGGAAAACACCAAAAAGAUCACCUUACAUCUGUAACUUGUGUGACAAAACUUUUUCGAGAUUUUGUGAUUUAUUGGACCACGAUGAGAUACAACAUGAUGAUUUGCCUAAAAGGUAUAGAUGUGGUGUGUGUAGCAAAAUGUUUUUGAUGGAAGAUAGGGCCAAGGUGCAUUAUAAUUUUUAUCACACUAAAACGAAAGGGACAAUGAAUUUCCAGUGCACUUAUUGUGGCAUGGAGUUAAAAAGCGCUUCAGCUGUAGCCAACCAUGAACGAAUGCACAUUACCCAAAAAUCUACUCACGUUGGAUUUAAAAUAAUUAGAGACUGAAAAAAUUAUGUAUUUUUGUUAUGACAUUAUUAUAAUUUGAUAUUUUUUAUUUUGGUUAACUUGGAAAUAAUAUAUAUUUAUAUUGACAAUAAUAUUAAAAGUUAGGUUUUUUUUUAUAUUUCAAUUUCUGUUGUCCUUUCAGAAAAUAAAUAUUUCAAAUUAUUUAAUUGCAUGUUAAGUGAUAAACUUGUUUGCGUUUUUUAAAUUGAAUACUUGGCGAUUUAUAAAAUAUAUUAAUGUUUAUACUUGUUUUGUUUGUUUUAGAUUUACUAUUAUACACUAUGUAUUUAUUUUUAAUUUGUGAUAAGUUACAUCACAGUGGAGAUUAAAUUGUCUUUAAAAAUAAAUCAAAUACUAAAUAUAUAAUAUAAUAUGUUGUAUUCUAAUUUAGAUAGCCAGUAUAGUGUAUGGUACUUCCUUCUCUUGUCUGUUUUAAAGUUAUGAAUUAUGAUAAAUAAAAUUGUAAUUAAUUUCAUGAAAUGUAUAUAUUUGUAACAUUAAACUUGCACAUUUUUCCAUUGCACUUACAUUGUUACCCAUUAAAAAUGAUCAACUUUUUUUUUAAACAUGUAUUAAUUGUUACAUUUACAUUUAAUAGUAAUAUAGCCAUUAAAUAUUCAAAGUCAAUGUAUCAGUAGUUUGCCUCCCUCCUGAGUCAACCAAAUUUAUACUUUUAGAUUC